AGGUUUCGAAGAAAAUUGUUGAAAGUCCCGGCCUAACCGCCGUCACGACAAGACAUGUUCGAACAAGUUCGGACCUUGUGAUUUUUUUGGAUCGUGUCUUGAAAAUUUCCAAGACUUUGCUCUCGAAUUAUAUCAUUAAUCGGAAACUGGCGUUGGGGCAUUACUUUUAAAGAGGCCUGUAGCCAAAUAUUGAAGGAAGGAAGGAAGGAAGGAAGAAAAUUGUUGAAGGGGUUAAGAUUUGAUUGUUUCAUUAAAAAUGAAAACUUCACGAUAUAAGAAAGCUCGGAAAAAUCUUGGAUUUUAUGUAAAUAAUUACAAAUUUUAUCAACCGUUUCAAGUUCUUAUUGAUGGUACAUUUGCAUUCGCCGCAUUAGAGAACAAAUUCAACAUACAGGAUCAGCUUGCAAAGUACUUUCAGUCUGAAGUAAAGCUGCUAACAACGCUAUGUAUUAUUACUGAAACUGAAAAACUUGGUUUGUUUUCUUCAGUAGUGAAUGGUGCUAUGCAGAUAGUAAAACAAUAUGCUGUACACAAAUGUGGACAUGAAAAGAAACCAACAAGUGGUUUGAAAUGUUUACAAUCUAUGAUAGGAAAAGAUAAUAGUUCUAGGUAUAUUGUUGCCACACAAGAUCGUGAGCUCCAAGAUAAGCUAAGAAAAAUUCCAGGUGUUCCUAUAAUUUAUUUACAUGGAAGAGCACCUACAUUAGAAUCUCCUUCAGAAGCAAGUCAUAAACAUGCUGAGGUUGUACAGAAAAGUCUAAGUAUGAGUAUAUGGCAAAAGGAAAAUAUAAAGGCAUUAAAGAAGCAUGCAGGAAUAGUGGAAGAUGCAAAUAAACCAAGAAAAAAGAAGAAAAAAGGAGGACCAAAUCCCCUUAGUUGCUUGAAGAAAAAGAAAAAAACGGAACCAACAGUUCCGUUACUAAAUAAAAUUAGCAAAAAAUCUAACAAAGUUAGAAAAAGUAAAAAGAUUAAAAUAGCACCACAUAUUAAAGAAGCUUUAGUAGCAGAACUAAAGAAUAAACAAGAGGUGUAAAAUAUAUACAUAUAUGUACAAUAUGUACAUUAUAUAUAUAUAUAUAUAUAUAUAUAUAUAUAUAUAUAUAUA